AAAUGAAUUUAUUUUAGUUGUCAAAAACAGAAAAAAAAUGUUUGAGUCCUAUUACUGUUCACCACAAUCAAUUGGUCAAUGAAAUCAAAAGUAACAAACAUUUUUCACAAUCAUGCCAUAUCUAAGAAGAUAUUGAAGACUAUUUACAAGAAAUAUAUCACAAUGGAUGCUGUUAAUAAGAGGCGUGUUACCAUGGAGAUCACAGAGAAUGGCUACCUCAUUCCCAAUGCAAAUGUGGAUCAAUCCAGGCGGCACAGCAUGAUGGCUAAUUUGGACAGCCCUGCCAUAGAUCCUGACGAUGACCAUCAUUACGAACCUCUGGAAAAUCUUAAGUCAAGGCGAAAGAAGGGACGCACUUGGCGGAUUUUCGGAGAGGCGAAGCGUAGAUCGCGAUCCCUCGGUCCUUCCGUUGGGCAACUGAUCCGUCGAUCGGUUGCAUCAAGUGAGCUGGAUUUAGAGAACCAGCGGACUUCCAAGUCUAAGACCACUAGGCACAAACUGAAGUUGACUGACAUUGUGAUUGUAGGUGCUGAAGGAGGACAAGAGGAGUCUCAAGUCUUCAGCUACAAGAGUCGAAAUAUGUCAGCUUCUUUGUCAUCUCCUGAAGGAAAUUUCUCAGCAAGUGAGUUCUUGUAUGAUGGUACGAAUGGAGGAUUAGCUUCUCCUUUGAAUAGGAUACCAAGUAUUGGAUCUCUUGCUGCUGCUACCACACUGCCUCGGGACACAGAAGGCCAACCUGCUCUUCCUCCAAGGCGCUACAGCGAAGGAAGGGCACUGAACUUUCAGCAAUCGCUUGAUGAUUGUGCUUUGCCAGCACGGACCCUCAGCGAGCCAUCGCCCAGUGCAGCUGCGAUGGAGGAUGAGCUCCAGCUCUUGAGGCACAGGGUCGAAGUCCUGGAGAGGAGGUUGGCAGGAGAAUUGGACUCUGAAGAUUUCAAGGUAUUACUUGACGAUAGAGGAGAAUCUUCUACUGAUGAUCGAUCAGAACACUAUGCAACUCGUCUUCAGUUCUCACCAGACAUUGGACAAAAGACAAUGUCUAAAACUUCUGGAACAUUUAGUCGGAGAGGGAGUUCUCGGUAUGCUAAUCGGACCAAGAGACUAUCGCUUCCUAACCAAGCAGUUACUGAGACACCCUCAGCAUCCCCUUUGCAGGAGAUUUCUCAUAGAAUCGCUGAUGAAAGCAAGGAUGCUGUUAGACCGGGCGUCCUCCAGAGACUUGAUUCCUCCCAAAGCGAUGAUGUGUUUGUAAAUGAUAGUGCUUCAGUGCCCCAACCUUCUAGAACAUUUCAAAGCAUGAAUGAUCCCCUCAGUGCUGACAACCUCAAAGACCUUACAGAGGUCCAGGAUCCGUCAAGGGUCAAGAAUAUUGGGUCCUACAAGAUCGAAAGAAACUCUGGGGCCCUUGUACUGAACAAAGUUGAAGAUCUUGUUGUUCCCGUUGUAUCGGACCAUCCUGCCGACAGUCCAUCUACUCCAUCCAGUUUGCCAGACACCACCGUAUCCCUCACUUCUCGUGAUGAGUCUGCAAAGGAUGUUGUCUGUGAAGACAGUGUGGAUCCCAUAAGCAUUCCUUGUGCCAAAGUUUCUGGUGAUGAUACCAGAAAGGGACCUGUUUACCAGGAUGGAGGUAUCGGUAAUCAGGAUGACUAUGUGAAGCGAUCCCAGACCAAGUCCAAGAUGGCCAUGGAGCUACCCUUCGGGAAGACCAAUGGGACUUCUGCUAAUGGGACCAGGACCCUUCCCAACGGCACCGGUCCCUCCCAUCCGUCCCAGGACAAUGCCGAUCUUGGGGAUCUAAUCAACAUUAAAAUCAAGAUUGCAGAUACAGAUAUCCAGAAAUCAGUAUGCUUCAGGAAGGAUGAGCGUAUUUGGAACAUGAAACAGCACAUCCUUCAGUGUCCGGAUGUGGAGCUACCAGACAGCCGUAACCAUGGUUUCUACAUGCUUCCGCAGAAUAACAAGGCUGGUAAAUUUCUUGAUGAGGAGCGUUUGAUCAGCGACUACCCGAUAGACCAAAGGAAAGCCUACCUUGAGUUCCGUUACAAGAAGAGGGUCUACAGACAGCUCAACCUGGAUGUGGCCCAACUGAAGAAGUUCCACACCAAGUCCACCCUGAAGCAGUUCCUGGACUACGUUAGGAACCGGCAAGUGGACAAGAUCAACAAGCUGGCUGACAAGGGCCUGGACCCAAACUUCCAUGAAGAGGCUACUGGAGAAACUCCCCUGACGAUCGCUGUUGCUAUGGACCGCUCCGAGGACGUGCUUAAGGCUCUCGUCAAUGGUGGCGCUCAUCUAGAUUUCAGGAAUCGUCAUGGUUUCACCGCAGUUCACCGUGCCGUCCAGAAGGGCAACAUUAAAUCACUUGACAUUCUCCUCGAUCUCGGAGCAUCCCCGAACUCAAAGGAUGAUAGAGGGCUCUCACCACUUUACUACAGCAUUGUGACGGACUCAGAAACGAACAUUACGGAGUUACUCCUUAAAGACUGCGCAGAGGUUUCACCUGUCGAUAGCCAAGGAUGGGGCCUUAUACAUUAUGCAUGUCGCUAUGGGCGUGUCCGAUCCCUGAAGCUCCUCCUCUUAUACGGCGCUAACAUCUCAUUGGCCAACGAAGCAGGUAACACUCCCCUCCAUGUUAGCGCCCUCUACAGCCAGGAAGAAUGCGCACACAUGCUGAUGGACCGAGGGGCGGACAGGGCGGCGAAGAACAAGGCUAACCAGACGCCAUUCCAGGUUGCAAUCUUGGCCAACAAUUUUGAGUUGGCAGAAGUUAUACGAAACCAUUCUGGUCAGACUCUUGGUGCGUAUUCCAAAAAAUAUUCAUCGCAAGACACGCCCACCUUCAGCAAGCGAAGGCGAUGGGCCAAUUACAUCAGCCACAGCCAAUCGCUGAGCCAGGUCAGAGGUCAAGCGUUCUUAGAUCAGAGCGAGGACAAGUAUGGAGCCAGGUCACGCAUGUCCCUAGCAACCAUUCCCGGGUCACCUGAGAAGAAGAGCCUUAGCAACGGAUCAGCAGGUGGGGUGAAUCCCCAGAAAGCCCCCAUGAUACACAGGAGAAUAAAAGAGGCCCCCAAGGGGCGUUUUUAUAUCGCCAAACAAAACUACUCCGCUCAAGAGGUCGGCGAACUUUCCUUGCAUAAAGGAGACCAUGUGGAAGUUACAGCAAUUGGUGAAUAUAACUACUGGCAGGGUCGUGUUGCACAUAGCAUGGGAUGGUUCCCAUCAUACUGCGUCGAAGAAAUAUCACCAAAGUACAGAAAAAGUUCAAGCAAGCUGAACCUUGCCGAAGAUGUCCCUAUUUCAAACAGUGUGCCCUCUUUUGACGGAACGGAACAGGAGCAGAACUCCGAUCCCCGAAUCGCCUGUGUGCAGAGAGGGAAGAAGGGAUUUGGUUUUGUUCUCCGUGGAGCAAAGAGUCCUCAGGGUGGGGCAGUUUCAUUCACACCAACCAAAGAUUUCCCCGCCCUUCAAUACCUCGAGCACGUUGAUAAGGGAAGCCCUGCAGACAAGGCGGGGCUGAAGAUGGGUGACUUCAUCCUAGAGAUCAAUGGUGAAGAUGUGACGUCAGCACCUCAUCAGUAUGUGGUCAACCUGGUGGUCAGUUCACCGGACACCAUUGUCAUCAAGGUCAUCACAGUGCCUAACUCAAAGGCUUAUUCAUGGCUAAAAGAGGGUGGAGGAACACUCAAACGACCUGGAAAUAGUCCCAAUCUUCCAAUCAGCACACCAGCUACUAAAUCAAUAGCCAUUUCCAGUCAAGACCAGAAUUCCAACGGCCCAAGCAUUCCUGUUAGCACACCAACCACGAGGUCUAUUUCCAUUUCAAGUCAAGAACAACAUGCUGUUGAUGAACUUGACAAGGCGAUAGACAGCGCAAACACAACUCCAAAAUAUGUUUCACCAGCAUCUUCGCGUAAUUCCAGUAUACAAGGAGAUGAGCCCAAGAUUGCAUCAAUACGGAAGCGCCCCGUCAGACAAGUGAGUCAGCAACACCUUGACGGUAUCUUCCAUCGACAAGGAAGCUCGUCAAGCGAGACCAAUCUUAAUUCACUGCCAGACGAUGCCUUCGUUCAAAAGCCAACAGUGCCUGUUCCACCUUCCUCCUCCAAAUUCAACACAGUCGCCAGAAUGUCGAACUCUAAGACCCCUCGUCAGCGUAGCCUUGAUGAGGUCCAUAAUCCUGCAAAUCGAAGGGAUUCCGGUGGGUCAGAUUCAGCAGUGUCAUCGUUACGAUCCUCCCCCGCGUCCUCAAAUUCAUACAUGACAGCUUCGACCAUUAGUGUCACGGACAGUGCUGUUCAUUUGAAAACGGAGCGUACCGCUUCCGAUCCCUCUUUAGUUAAGGACUUGAAAAAUGUAAGCCCGAAGUCGAUGCAAGGGACGACUAAGAAGCCAAGUCCUUUGCCUCCGACAAGGUCCCAGUCUCUUAUGAAUAUUUCUAUCGCAAACUCUGCAAGUAGUUCGCCAACAUUGUCACGUGCAGGAGACGAUACUCUUCCGAGACGAUCUAGUGGUGUAUCACCUAGCUCCUCUACAAUAGCCGUUGAGAUUGAGGUUCACCGGUCUGCAAGCGGUAAUGACUCUAGUGAUGAUUCAUCAAGCACAAGUUCCUUUGCCAGUGCCAUUGCCCUCGCAGCAGCCAAAAUGGAAAAGAAAAAAGAGAGCGAAGAGCCCAAACCUCAGAAGCCCUCUGCCUUUGAAAUGGCCAUGGCUGCCAAACAAAAUUAUUCGCAGACAGCAGUGGAAGGACAAAACUUGAACCGAAAUCAAAAUCAGAAUGUGGAGAGUCCUUCAUCGACACAGGUUGCGCUUCAAGAAGCCAUCGCAAAACGAAAGCAAAGACUUGAAUCAGCCAGCGAUGAUAAAUCAGGUAAUAUAGAGGAUAGGAUACGCAGGUAUAAGCAACAAGAUAGAGCGGCACGGCCCAAGACGGGGCAGGCAGCCUUCUUGGAUGCAAUCGCGAAACGACGGAGCAUCGUGGAGUCGCAGAGCCCUAGUUCAGAGGAAGAAUCAUCAGGUGAGUCUAUCCCAAGCUCACCUAUGACUCGUAUCCCAACUGUGAAACCAUCAACCGCCCCCAAAACAAGUCCUGCAAGUAAUUCCAGACCGACCGGCAACCAAAUCGCUGAAGCUGCCAGUGCCAUGCAGGACAAGAUUUCCAGCCGACCACCGGUUAAAGAGGACAAGAGUCUCAACAGACAUAAGAAUGUCAUCCGCGUGUCCCCGAGAAGUAAGAACGACGACUCCACAGACAGUUCAGACGGUGAAGCUGCACCCGUCUCAGUCAAAAACUUGAAGCAGAGCUUUGAGAAAUCAAAGAAGCUCUCACCACGUGAUUCCAAAGUGCUGUUACUGUCCCCCGUUAAAGAGGAUGAAACCUUGAUCAACGCACCCAUUCCACCUCCACCUGCCUUUGUGGAGACUGAACCACCCAUUCCUCCAGAGGGUGCCGCCUCUGAAAACUCUAUUCCAAAAGUCGACAGCCUGAUCGACAAGUACCAAAAAGAUCCCCGUCAAGCGGACAUAGAUAUAUUGCCUCCCCCGCCGAGUUUCAUAGAGGACGGCGAUCAAGCCAAGUAUCGUCGAGAACAACCCUUUGACACCGCCAGUGUGGUGUCAUCGGUGUCAUCGAUAUCGACGAUGUCGAGCUAUAGCACCAUGUCGACAGAUCCUAGCAGUAAUGAUGGUUUUGAGCCAAUUGGGGAGGAGUCACAUAGUAAUAGCAAUACGUUGAGGUCAGAUGUUUCAUCGUCUGGGUCGUCAUCGUCAACACUGACGAUGAUGUCAACGGGAGAGACAAAUGAUAAUUGGAUCAAGGCUGCGCCUCCUGUGGCCGCGAAGCCAUCCAAGAAGACCAUAGUGAAUGAUAAUGACAUCACCAACGGAGUUGCAAAUGGCAAUGAUAAUGAUACCCAAAAUCGAGCCAAGAGUGUAUCGGAAUGGAGCGUAGAAGACGUUGGUAACUGGCUUGAGGAGCUCAAUCUUGGCGAGUACAAGGAUAGCUUCUCAGACAAUGCAAUCAGCGGGGAUCAUUUGACGUCCCUCGGCAAGGAUGACCUCUCUGAGCUCGGGGUCAAGAGGUUAGGUCAUCGGUUGACCAUCAUCAAAGCCCUACAAAAACUUCAAAAUCAGUGAAUGUUUUAGUUAUUAUUAUUUUGUGUGUGGAUGGACUUGGUUGACCCUAGCACCUGAAAAGGCCACCGCACACCUUACGAUUGGUCAGCGACCCGAUAUUGGAAUGAAACGGGAGUGAAGUACGAUGCAAAUAUCAAAACAUGGAAUUUCUUACUGUGCAAGGUUCUAAUUCAUCAUAUAACCUCCAAACUAAAUAAACCCUAAUCCUCACAUUAUUCUGAACCAAAAACUCUAUUACAUUCUUCAUUCUAACCCUAUGUCCUUUGAGAUAUCAAGACCGGAGCAAACGUCGUCUCACCGUUUUGAGUCCUGAUAUUUCGAGCACAUAUGCCCUUUUUCUUGUGAACUAGAAAAAAAAGUUUUAAAAAAAAUGAAAGAUGAGAUGAAACAUUUUGCAAAUCAUUUCCAGAAAACACGCAAAUACUCGAUAGGCCGGAAUACCGGCCUACAGCCAUGUGAUUUCAAAAGCAUGGAUUCUAAAUGUCAGGUGAUCUUCUAAAAUGACGUCAUCUUUCUUGUACGUGUAGGAAUAUUUAGUCGAUAAUUUCAGUCAAUGUUGGCAAUGAUUUCGGAAGGAUUUAGCUUGAAAAAUGGCCAAAAUAUACCACUUUUUUGUGAUUGCUCGUGUCAUAGGUGUGGUAAUACGCGGCGAGUCACGUGCUUACUAUGGGGAAGCAAUUGCUAUAUCUCACUUUGGUGAAAACAGUGAUUUUGAGCCCAAAACAGACACUAAAUUUGAUAUUUCUGAUUGUAGACUAGGUCUACGAGAAGCCAAACAACUUCAGCCGGCUCGGGCCGGGUACUAGCGGGGGGAAGGUGCCGUUGGGUCUCGAAUCAUGGGGGAUUGUAUGAAUGUGGUCGAGAAGUCAUUUAUGUGCAAAUAAUUCAGGGUGUAUGUCACGACCGCCCCAAAUAAUUCAGGGUUCAAAGGGUUAAGAGAGGGUAAAACUUUUCAUAUUUAAUGGAAUUGCUCACAAGUGCUUCAGGAGUAAAUUAAAAAAGAUAUAUUUGUAUGUUGCCGCAAUAAGAUUGUAAGGAGCACCCCUGUACAGUUUAUGUAUUAUUCCCAAAUAUUUGUUUUGUAUUAAUGUUCAUUAGUAGAUAAAAACAGAUAAUUAUUGUUUUUUAUUGAACCUCACAUAUGUCCUAAGGGUUAGUAUUAACUUAGCUGUUCACACACGCACACAACUAUUUAAUUUGUCUUCCCCAUUCAGCAAACUUUGUAAACUUCCUCAAUAGAAUUUUACACCCGUUAUUGUGCUAAUUAUUAUAGUUGAUUAAUUAACCGCACAAAAAGGUGAGGACAAAGAGAUGAAGUUCGGAUCAUAACUAGUGGUUUAUUGUUCUACUCUGUCAUCAUGAUUAAGACAUGUACCAAUAUUUGGACCAAUAUUCAACAAUUAAAUCUGAAAUUCGGUGUACAUUCUGCAGCAACUUUUGUAUCUUUUGAGCUGUCAGAAAUUGAUGAAAUUAUUAUAUUAGAUAACAACUCUUUUCUUCAAUUUUAUGUGACGAUAAUAUUGUAAUUCUUAUCAUUACUUUCCUAUCCAUGAUCCAUGCAGUGAUUUUUCUCUUUGUAUGGGGAGGUGGGUGGGUUUUUUUUUUCAAGUGACACAUAUUUCUCAUGAAUUAUAUAUUUUAAUUAAUUUUGCAUGAUGCCUUAUAUGGAAAAAAAAUCAGAUUAUGGCAUUUUUGUGCCAUAAAAGAUGGGGAGAUUUA